AAAUCCUUCCUGAUUGCAGGAUGGUGUCAAUUGGCUAAUUUGCUGCCUUCGGUAGCACAAGUCAUAGCAAGGCGUUUUCAUAGUGUUAGAUUAGGAAAAGGCGCGUGCAAAAGCUUGUGAUAUAGGUUGAGCUAAUAGUGGCUUCCUAUUGAGCUAUGCAGGUCGAGAAUUGCAUCUCGCCAGCGAGUGAUCUCUCCAAGAAAUUUAUGAAUGUGGGCAGUGGCUUUUCGAGCUCCGAUGGAUCAGAGCUUUCGUUGCAGGACCAUCCUAUUAUAUCUGCAAGUGACAACCUGGAGAGAAGUUCACCUCUGAAAAAAAACUCUAGGGAGAUGACGAAUCAGUCAGAGGCAGACAAUUUUCCCGACUCCAAGGACGCAUCAGGGGACGUCCAGAGGGGCAAACUCUCUCCUGGUCUUCACGGAGUCUCUGACAUCCGUCAUAAUUUCGAUGGAUCUGCAGGAGAAAGGUGCAUCUUUUCUCCAUCCACCCAGCCACAGUCAGUCUCUGCAGCUCCCAGUGCCAUGUUCCCUUACCCGAGCCAGCAUGGACCAGCGCACCCGGCUUUUUCUAUUGGAAGUCCCAGCCGUUAUAUGGCCCAUCACCCGGUCAUAACUAAUGGAGCUUACAACAGCCUUCUGACCAACACUUCUCCUCAAGGCUACCCGGCAGCGGGCUACCCUUACGCGCAACAGUAUGGACACACUUACCAAGGAGGGGCUUUUUACCAGUUCUCCACGGCGCAAGCAGGACUGGUUCCGGGGAAAGCGCAGGUGUAUCUGUGCAACAGGGCCCUGUGGCUGAAGUUUCACAGACACCAAACAGAGAUGAUCAUCACAAAGCAAGGACGACGAAUGUUCCCAUUUUUAAGCUUCAACAUUUCUGGCCUUGACCCAACUGCUCACUACAAUAUAUUUGUGGAUGUAAUACUUGCUGAUCCGAAUCACUGGCGAUUUCAAGGAGGCAAGUGGGUGCCAUGUGGGAAAGCAGACACAAAUGUAAUAGGAAAUAGGGUUUAUAUGCACCCGGACUCACCAAAUACCGGAGCGCACUGGAUGCGUCAAGAAAUAUCAUUUGGAAAGCUAAAGCUUACAAACAACAAAGGUGCCUCCAACAACACGGGGCAGAUGGUGGUUCUCCAGUCUCUCCACAAGUACCAGCCCAGGCUCCAUGUGGUGGAAGUAAACGAGGAUGGGACAGAGGACACCAGCCAACCAGGAAGAGUCCAGACUUUCACCUUCACAGAAACGCAAUUCAUCGCCGUCACAGCUUACCAGAAUACCGAUAUUACGCAACUGAAAAUCGACCACAAUCCGUUUGCAAAAGGAUUUCGGGACAACUAUGACACUGUCUACACAGGCUGCGACAUCGACCGCCUAACUCCAUCACCGGGUGACUCUCCGCGUUCACAGAUCGUGCCGGGUGCGAGAUAUGCCAUGCCUAGCUCUUUCCUGCAGGACCAAUUUGUCAGCACUUAUGCCAAAUCUCGCUUUCACCCUGGCGUGGGGACUGGUCCUGGCACGGAGCGCAGCGUCCCACUCGGCAACAGCUUGCUGUCCCCGCAGCAAACCGACGAGCCCACUGUUGCCACCCCCCCGCAGCGAUGGUUUGUCACCCCUGCCAACAACCGACUGGACUUUGCUGCCUCGGCAUACGACGCCGCUGAUUUCGCCGGUAACGCGGCCACCUUGCUGUCCUACGCAGCGGCCGGAGUGAAGGCUCUUCCCCUGCCGACUGCAGGCUGCUCCAACCGGCCUCUUGGCUAUUACGCAGACCCGUCAGGCUGGGGAGGACGCACGCCGCCGCAGUACUGUGGCGUAAACAGCAAAUCCAGCUCGGUCUUUUCCUGCUGGCCCGCUAACUCUAUCGGUGGCAGGGCCGGCACCAACUACCUGGCCGAGGAGGGGGACUCCAUCCCGACCGAGAGGUCACCCAUCGGCGGCUCGGAGGAGGCCAAACCCAAAGACAUGACAUCAGAGUCGAGCUGGAUAGAGACCCCGUCCUCCAUUAAGUCCAUUGAUUCGAGUGAUUCUGGUAUCUUUGAACAGGCCAAGAGGAGGAGAAUCUCACCUUCUGCCACGCCGGUUUCAGAGACAGUGUCCCCGUUAAAAUCUGAGCUGCUGGCACCGAGAGAGUGUGAGAAGAACUGCACAAAGGACAUUGGUUAUUACAGUUUCUAUCCUCACAGUUAAAACAACGAAAAAGAAAAUCUAUCUAUCUAUCUAUCUAUCUAUCUAUCUAUCUAUCUAUCUAUCUAUCUAUCUAUCUAUCUAUCUAUCUACAGGUUAAUCAAUUAAAAAAAAAAAAGAUGAGAAGGACUGUCACCUCAACAGUAAAUGGCCAAAGUGUAAAUUCUUCCAUGGCUCGGGCGCCUAGUUUCCAGAAAACACUGUAAUUGUGAAUAUAAUGUACAUAAUAUUGAACAUUUGGUGAUAGUGAUUGGAUGUACACAGAAUAGAUUAAAAUCCGACUCAUAACUAGUGUUUUAAAAAAAGAACCUCUUCUGUUGAGUAGCCUGAACUGUUAGUAAAGAAAGAUAUCGAGAAUCUUGUACAUGAAAUGUUCUUGUGUAGCAUAUGCUGGCAUAUUAAUCCCUGUCAGUGACAAAAAAAAUGUAUUUUGUACUUUAUCAAAGCUGUAGGCUACCAAAAGUUUAUGACGAUCACUGCUACAUCCAUCCUACCUGUGGUUAAAGAAGUUAUAAAUGUUGGUAAUGUAGACUUAGAGUCCUUUUUUAAUUUUAUUUUAUUUAUUGAUUUCAAGCCGGUUAUUUUUCAUAGCCUGUAUGCUAUGCUGUUGUGGAAAUCUCUGUAUCUGCUGUAACGUGAUUGAAACAUAAUAAAUGAUG